GCUCAGUUCUGCCCACGUGGUACAACGUGGAGAUGAAGAGGAAAGAAAGAGUUCCUCCAAAGCAAACCUUGUUCACUUACUUCAAACCAAUACAGACACCUCCUUAUAAGGAGAAGGGAUCACGUGAUGAUAGGAAAGAUCAGGAAAAUGAGGAACCAAAGAUCAAGAUGGAGUUUGAAACCACACCCACCAGAAUCAAACAACAACCGGUGGAGACCGACAGUGAUGAAGAUGACAUGAUUGGGAGGACAAAAACUUUGUCUGGUCGUAUUAAACGUAAGUCCUCCAUGAGUGUUGAAGAACGUAGUAAAGUAAAUAAAAGGAAGAGGAGCAGUCGGUUCCUUGAAUCAGACGAAGAAGAAGAUAAUAGCUCCUUAAUAGAGGAGGCAUGGCCAGAAGCUGAUGACGUCACUCCAAUGAAACAGCCAAAGGCUCAGUUUUUGACUCCUAGAAGCUGUUCAUCAACUCCUAAAGUACUCCUAACCACACCCACUAACAAUAGUCUGCCGGUCACACCCUCUGGAGGUGUGUCUGUUGGGUGUGGUCUUGAUAAAAUUGGUACUUUUCUUCAUGACACUCUUGACUUCAUUAAGGACGCUAAUAGACGUGACAAGAAUAAGGUCCUGUUUGGUGACCCGAACCAUAAUCCUCGUACUCUACUGGUGCCGCAAUUGUUUCUUAAUAAACUGACACCUGCAAUGAGACAAUGGUGGAAUAUUAAAUCCGAUAAUUAUGACACCAUUUUAUUUUUUAAGGUUGGUAAGUUUUAUGAGUUAUACCACAUGGAUGCUGAGGUUGCUGUGAAGGAGCUGAAGAUAGUCUUCAUGAAAGGUGAUUUCGCUCAUGCUGGGUUUCCAGAGAAAGCUUUUGGGAAGUACUCCCAGACCUUAAUACAGAGAGGAUAUCGGAUUGCUAGAGUGGAACAGACAGAAACUCCUCAAAUGAUGGAGAACAGAAUAAAGAAAAUGGCCAGUACCCCCAUGAAGUUUGAUCGGGUGGUCUCUCGUGAAUUAUGUUCACUAGUCAGUAAAGGUUCCAGAACCAUUGGAUUCUUUGAGGGAGAAGAACCAGAAACUGAUUCAGCUUACCUCCUAUCAAUAAAGGAAAAUAUUGGUUCCUGUUCUGGGACUCAGUUUGGAGUCUGCUUUAUCGACACAUGUAUUGGAACAUUUCAUGUAGGUCAGUUUGAAGAUGAUCGUCAGCUCUCAAGGUUAAGAACACUCCUGGCUCAUUAUCACCCUGUUGAGGUUAUACUGGAGAGGGGUAACCUGUCAUACAGGACUAGUCAACUGGUCAGUCAGGUUCUGUCCACUGCUCUUAAGGACACCCUAUCACCAGGUUCUGAGUUUUGGGACGCCACUAGGACACUGAAAUAUCUUAUUGAAGAAGGAUACUUUGAACAAAACACAGUACAUCCUGACCUCCAGAAAAUGAUAUCUGAUGAGGACAGUUUGGGAAUGAGUCCUUCCCCUGGCUAUGAACUGGCCCUCAGUUCCUUUGGUGCUUGUCUUUGGACAUUGAAGAGGUCUUUGAUUGAUAAGGAGAUACUCCAACUGAACCAGUUCCAAGAGUUUGUACCGGUCGACCAGCUGUUGGUUUUUGAUGAAUCAUUAGUGUCUGGGGAGGGUGUGUCCCCUGACUCCGCCUCUUUUAACGUUUCCAUGACAACUUGUACUCAAUCUCCAAAUCAAAAAAUGGUUCUGGAUGGUAUCACGUUAUAUAACUUGGAUGUUAUUGAUAACUCUGGCUCUGGUAUUGGUACCUUACUCCAGAGGAUUGAUAAUGCCAGUACUUCUUUUGGGCGGAGACUAUUAAAGGUCUGGUUGACAGCUCCACUGUGUAACCCAGCUGGUAUUAGAGAGAGACAAGAAGCAGUCACUGAACUAGUUAAUAAACCACACUUACUACCAGAGAUAAGAGAGAUUCUCAAGUCAUUACCUGAUUUAGAGCGACUGUUAAGAAGGAUUGUGGUGCUGGGGUCAAAGGUCAGGUCUGAGUCCCAUCCUGACAGUAGAGCCAUUCUUUAUGAAACCAUCACUUAUAAUAAAAAGAAGAUUAAAGAUUUCCUGUCCUUGCUUGAGGGUUUGGAUAAAACUACUCAAAUUGUUGAGUUAUUCUCUUCUCAAUCGCUGGCAUCAAAACUACUCAUCAACCUAGUCACACUACAAACUGAACAAGGUCAGUUUCCUGAUAUUAAGGAUCAACUCCAAUAUUUCAAAGCUGCGUUUGAUCAUAAAAUAGCUAAGGAGAGAGGAUCCAUUAUCCCUUUACCUGGUGUUAAUGAGGAGUAUGACCAGUCACUGGAAGAGAUAAGGCAGGUUGAGGAGGAGCUAGAGCAAUACUUACUGAAGCAAAGGAAGAGACUCAACUGUAAAAAUAUCAGUUAUUUUGGUACCGGACGGAAUAGGUACCAGUUAGAGGUCCCUGCUACAGUACAGGUUCCUGACGAUUAUGAGAUAAAGAGCCAGCGGAAAGGAUUCCUGAGGUACGUCACUCCAGAAACCGAAGAACUAAAGGCCAGACUAACCACUGGAGAGGAGACCAAAGAGACUGUACUGCAAGGAACAGUUAGAGACCUGUUUCACUCGUUUGGAGAAUAUUUUUCUCUUUGGGACGGUGCCAUUAAUUGUGUAUCUGUACUUGAUGUCCUUGUUUCCAUGGCAACCUACAGUUCAGGGGAGGAGGUUAUGUGUGUUCCUCAAGUGACGGCUAGCGAGUUUCCUUAUUUGGAUAUUAAAGAUGGCCGCCAUCCUUGUGUGAUCCAGACCUUCACUGGAGGAGAAUUUAUACCAAAUGACAUCGUUAUUAAUCCAGAUAGGGCAGCAGGAGGUAAAAUGUGUACACUAGUCACCGGACCCAACAUGGGGGGAAAAUCAACCCUAAUGAGACAAACUGGACUUAUCGUCAUACUGGCACAAAUGGGUUCCUAUGUCCCUGCCAGCAGUUGUUCUUUGUCUCCAGUUGACAGAAUAUUCACGAGAUUAGGAGCCUCAGACAGAAUAAUGUACGGAGAGAGUACCUUUUAUGUUGAAGUGAGUGAGACUAACCUCAUUCUCCAGCACUCUACCCCUCACUCACUGGUACUCCUUGAUGAGCUAGGUCGUGGGACUGCUACAUAUGACGGGUCGGCCAUUGCUACUUCAGUUGUGAAGUAUAUCUCAGAGAGGAAAGGAUGUAGGACCUUGUUCUCCACUCAUUAUCACGGACUGGUUGACCUCUUUAAAGACAGUCCUCACGUACAACUAGGACACAUGUCGUGCAUGGUCGGAGAGGAAGGGGAGGAGUCUAUUACAUUUUUAUACAAGUUUGUCCCUGGGGCCUGUCCUAAGAGCUACGGGUUUAAUGCAGCAAAACUAGCAGGACUACCACAAGAAAUCAUUGAUGUUGCCAAGGAAACUGCUCGUAAUUUUGAGAGAUCAACUCUGAAGACACAAUUAAUUAGGGAACUGUUAUCUGUUGGUUCAGUUCCUCCAGUGACUGUCCGUUCACAAUACAAAGCAAUGAUCAAAGACAUACUUUAUAACUAAUGACACAACUUUAUAACUAAUGCACUCUCUGUCAUUUAAUCACUUAAAAAUUAAAUAAAAAUAAAAAACUCUCUCACUGUGUAUCAGAAAA